CCUCGACAUGCGCGUACCAGUGACAACGAACGGUAUGUUCAGAUAUGACAUUACAAACUGUAUAACGACUGUAUGCCUGUGCCUAGGAGCCUCAUUCAUUGCAUGGAGUAACAAAGAAGCAAAGCUGAUCACUUACUCCACGAAGAAUGAAUAGCCUUUUAAUUAACUGAUACAGUGGAACCAGGGAUAAUGGAUCUUCUAAGAAAGCCUUUUGAUAAAAAAUAUCAAAACUGGAUGAAAGCACAUCUUGCUGUAAAGAUUACAAAAGAAGGAAUUGAACCUUUUGUUUAUAAUGAAAUACAACAAUUCCAGCAGAAGUGUUUGUCUGAUAUUUGUAACAAUAAUGGACUUCCUGCUGGAACCACGUGUUCAGGUUGCUGUACAGAAAAUGUUGUUGUUUGUCCUACAAAUAGAAUUUGUGAUGUAGGACGUGCGAAAUGCAGAUAUCAUAGAAAUUCUGCAACACAAUAUUUCCCACCUGGCUGCCCUAAUAAGAUAUGUCAUAAUUUCAAAAAUGAUAUCCAGAAUGCUCAUAGGUUCUGCGGUCCGUCCUAUAAAAACACUGAUGCUAGUCAGUGGUGCAGCAAUCCUUGGGAAGUGGCUAAAUGUUUCAUGCCACCCGACGGAUACAGGGAUGUGACAAGUGCGGCAGAGACUGAUUUCAAUGCAAUUAUCGCUGUUGUCAUGAACCAUAAAGGCUUUCAGUCCAAGGUGAUGGAUGAUCUUAGCAAGAAAAGUAAUAUCUUUGAACAGUGUAGAGAAGUCUACAGAGCGAUUAGGUAUAAUCAUAGUUUAGAAGUGGAAGAUACAGAUCUUCAACACUAUUUCGGAUGUUUACGGAGUCUUCUGACUGAUCCUGCAUAUUUGUAUGUAGAUAAAGACGCACUGAGCGCUUUGUGCAGAUUAACACAGAUUUCAACAGUAUUUCGGCUUUUUCACAGAAAGACGGUUUACCGACAUCAUACAUGGGAAAGACCAGUGCUAAUCUCCAAUCCUCCGUCUAUCAGAGAUGUUAUUGUAUAG